AUGGAUGAAGACAGCCAGCCACCCCCGCCCCAAGACCAGGGCUGCUGGGCCAGACUGCCCGAUGUGUGCCUGCGUCGCGUCUUCUGGUGGCUGGGAGACAGGGACCGGUCCCGGGCCGCGCUGGUCUGCAGGAAGUGGAACCAGACGAUGUUCUCAGCCGACCUGUGGCGGUACAGGACCAUCACGUUCAGCGGGCGGCCCUCCCGGGUGCACGCGUCUGAGUUCGCGUCCGCGCUCUGGUACGUCAAGAAGUUCGGCCGCUACCUGGAGCACCUGGAGAUCAAAUUCCUGAACCCGUACAACGCCGUCCUGACCAAGAAGUUCCAGGUCACCAUGCGGGGCCUCCUGGCGUGUCUGGGCAAGAACAACAGCCGUCUGAGGUCUCUGUCCGUGCAGCACCUGGAGCUGGACCGCCUGGUCUGGCGCAGCAGCACCCGCAGCUCCUUCCUCAAGAGCCUGAGCUGCUUCCUGAAGAAGGUGGGGAAGCACCUGAGCUGCCUGAGCCUCAAGGGCGCGCGGCUGACCGUGGAGCAGGGCUGUGGGCUGCUGGGCGCCCUGAGUCACCCGCGCGGCCAGAGCGCCGUGUCGCAGCUCAACCUGGAGGACUUCUUCAGCCACCACCUGGCCGUGUACAGCAGCGCACGCUUCCGCAGCACCAUGGCCGCCUUCCGCGGCCUCUCGUCCCUCACGCUCAACUACAGCUGCGUGUCGGACGAGCUGCUCGAGGCGCUGUGCCAGAGCAGCGCCGGCACCCUGUGGGCCCUGAACGUCAAGUGCCACAUCCAUGACCCUCACAGCCAGGUCAUCUGGGGCAUGUCCUGGGCCAAGCUGGCCAGGCACGCCACCAACCUGAAGGUGAACUUCUUCUUCGAGCGCGUCCUGAAGUACGAGCGCCUGGUACGCAUCCUCCUGCCUGAGGUCCCUGUGCGCAGCCUCAGCCUGCGGAGCUGCUACUUCAGCGACCCCGACUGGUCCAUGCGGCCCACGCUCACCCACCUCCUGCCCACCUUCCGCCACACUCUGCAGAAACUGACAUUUGAGUUCAACAACCACCACGAGUCCCUGGACGAGGAGCUGCACCUGCUGGUCUUGUCCUGCCGGAAGCUGCUGUACUUGAAGAUCUGGGCUUUCCUGGACGUCAAGUUUGUGGAGCGAGUCCUGAAGAGUCAGGAGGAAGGGCAGUGCGCCCUGCGCACUCUCAAGGUGAGGAUCUACACGAACAGAUAUGAGACGAACGACGAGGACCGGACGCUGCGCGAGAUCCACAGGAAGUACCGGAAACUCAUCGACGCGGAGCUCAACUACCUGGUCAUCGCGUACCCCAUGAUGUAG